AUGGCCCCCAAGUCAGACAACGUUACCCUCGGCCCCCAGGCCCGAGAGGGAGAGCUCGUUUUCGGCGUUGCCCGAAUCUUUGCAUCCUUCAACGAUACUUUCGUCCACAUCACCGAUCUGACCGGCCGAGAGACCAUCUCUCGAGUCACCGGCGGUAUGAAGGUCAAGGCUGACCGAGACGAGAACACCCCCUACGCCGCCAUGCUGGCUGCCCAGGAUGCCGUCGAGAAGGCUAAGGAGGUUGGUAUCAACGCUCUGCACAUCCGAAUCCGAGCCACCGGAGGUACUUCCACCAAGACCCCCGGCCCCGGCUGCCAGUCUGCCGUCCGAGCUCUUGCCCGAGCCGGUAUGCGAAUUGGUCGAAUCGAGGACGUGACCCCCGUUCCCUCCGACUCUACCCGACGAAAGGGUGGUCGACGAGGUCGACGACUGUAA